AUGCGGCCGGGACCGUAUAAAGGAAGAUCAUCAGUAUACUCAAACGCCGGCCCGGAUUGCUACAACCUGGCUGCCACCACUUUAACUGUGCCCAAGGGUCUGUGCACGGAGACGUGUGUUCUGGUCUGGAAGGACGGGAAAAAACAGUAUGCAUCAUGUAAAGACAGGGUAACAUGCUUCUUGCGUGAUUACACGUCGCGUCAGGUGCAAGCUGCGCAAGCUGGGAUACCGCGCAAGCUGUCUGCCGCUAUUUCCAGAGAGUGUUCUUUUGUGUCGAAAUCCCCUCAUCUUCCUCUCGAUCAGUUUCAACACAUGUUUAUUUUGUCGGCAUCAGACGUGGAGCAUCAUGGCAGCUGGGAUGCCGCGUCAGCCUGUACAGCAGGCCAACGUCUGGAUGUCGCUGGAGCGCUUGUUGGGCCGAAAGCCGUGGUUGCAGGAACUGCUGCAGAAUCGGUCGGUUGCGAAAGCAUAAAUGUAACCAGUCAUCUCAAGGACAUUUGUGCGGAGGCAAUAAAGAAUCCAACUGAGCGUUGCAUUAUAGAACCCAGCGUGUACUCCAACAUCAUCUCAAAAUUUUCGUGCAAUGUCAAGGAGACACCAUACCUUGCCCUCUACGUCACCUGCAUCGAUGUUAAAGUGGAUGACGACGUGGGGUGCAAAGUCGUCACACCGGCUAGUUCUCAACCCGAUCCAGAAGGAGGAUGCACCUGCCCCAGUGGGACCGUCCAGUGCUCACUAGAUGAGUCGCGCCUGUACGGCGAUGUCAUGAGUGGCAUUGCUUACGGAUACACGGUUCAUACCAAACACAACCGCGGCUUUAAAAAUGGCAACGUCACGGCUUUCCAGACACCUUUUUGUUCGGGAGCCACAGUCAAAGUGGCGUGCAAGAACGCACCUGACUCGGCAUCAAAAAAAGGAGAGCCGGCAACGACGGCAUGGCUGGACAGAGGACCAAACUGCUAUAAACCAACGGACUCCGACAGUAGGCAGAUGUGCAAAUUCGCGUGUCUAAAGCUAUGGAAUCCUGCGGAUGGCGCCCUGGUCAACGUGAACACCCCUUUCGACGACUUCAAGGACCGCAUUAAUUCAGGGCGCUUGACUGUCAUGGAGCUGACUGCAGACGGAAACGCGGCUAUUCGUAGCUGCGACUGGGCAAAAAGAAUACGCUUCGCUCCUGCCGAGCAGUAUGAAUACGAAACGUGGACGACGAGCGAGGCGCUGACUAACUUUUGUCCGAAUUCUGGGACGCUGCAGAUUGUUCGAGCUUUUCUUGGUUGCUCAUAUUCACUUGUUGACGGCAACGAGUCGCAGAAUUGCAACUACGUGGACAUCACUAAAGAGGUCACCAAGAAGUGCGGUUCCGCUUGGCGGAGCAGCAAGAAAGGAUGUACGCUGGGUGCAGACGAACUCGUUGCUGAGGCAGAUGCUUGCGAGACAUCCUGCGAGGGAGAGUGGGGUAUCCAUCUCUAUUACAACUGUACACCAGAAACACCGAGCGCCAGCUGCAGCCUACAUCAAGCUACUACGGGACUGGAUGAGACCGAAAACGAAUACGCCUGUGGCUGCCCGUACCUGGCAGAAAUGUGCGACUUGGAACAAGCCGAAACCAGUACAGUGUGGAAAGAUACCGUUCGCGGAUACACUGUCGCCAUCCUUAAGGGCAAUCUAACUUACGGAUUGAACGGAGGUUAUAAGCGCUACCACACCACCACUGUCAGCUCGGACACUUGCGAGUCAACAGGAUCGCGGGUCCUGUGCAAGCCUCCGCCGGCCUCCAUCGAGCUUUCCCCGCCGAAUCAAACGCCGGAUUGCACCACAAGCUUCUCCACCAAAACGGGGGCGUCGUCUUCGGAUGAUGGUCUCUGUGUUAAUGAGUGCAUCAUCGCAACGCAGGGGGAGUGUUCCAAAGCUACUAACGCCUGGCUGUGUGUGGUGAAAAAAGUGUCAAACUGCUUUAUUCCGAACAAAGCAAAAUCAACAUGCUUCAUCGAGACCGAGGUUGGGAAUUACCAAGCUGAGUUUCAAAGUUGUUCCUGCCCGGAAGCGUCGAUGCCAUGCACGGAAGAAGAAGUCGAGGCUACCAGAUAUGAGUGGGAGCCGACGUUUGCACCCGACAAUGCAUACAUUGUCGUCGCGCCCAACAAAGUUCUUGGACCGACAAAAACCAUCCAACCCGACUACGGCAUGGCGGCCGAACCUGGAUGUGGCAGCUCGCGGUACAAACGCGUCUUCUGUCGCGGUACUUCCGGUAACACCAGUGUCACCCGAUACGAUGCAACGGCAGAUUGUGAAAAUGCUAGAUCUUUGGAUGCUUCGGUGAUCUCGGACUUCGAGUGCCGCUAUGGAUGCAGCACUCGGAUUAAAAAGUGCAAGGCCAUCAUGACUCAAAACCCCGAUGUGCACGAGAGUGAAUAUGCUUGCUACACCGCUCAGCUAAACACCAUCCCAAAGCUGCGACAAUGCUUGGUAGAAAGCAAACUAGUUGAUCCAGAAACUGGUGUCGGAAGCAUGGAGGCAGGCUUUAUUGUCGUGACGCAGGAGUGGACGUCGGUCGCCUUCAAGAAAGAAAUUGAGAAUCCUGUCGUCGUCACAAGCCUGCCGGCGACGACGAACGCGGUCCCUGUCAUCCAGGUCAAGGGCGUCAACUCAACCGGUUUCAAGAUUCGGAUGAAGAACGACUUUUGUUCCGUCGGGUUUGCGUCGCCGUACACCAGUGUUGGGUGGCUUGCCUCGAGUCAGGGGACGUUUCUCGUCAGUGGAGCCAAGAGCUACGUUCGGGUCGGCACCACAUUGGCUUCCCUGAAUCAACCCACCACGAUACGACAUCUCCCCCGUAUGAAUUCUGCCGCGCCAUUAGUAUUCCUGCAGCAUGAGGACUCAGAGGGUGGCUCCGGGAACUACAUUGUUGCAUCCACUGUCACGGCUUCUUCGGCGUCGGAAGCGACGUUUAAGCUGACGCUCGUAGGAUCCGGUCAGCCGUCAGAACCUAUUGUGAUCGGAUAUAUGAUUUUUGACGAGAUUCGCCAAGAAUAUUGCAGCCUCGGUUGUCAGUUGAACGGCAUAUCUAUGCAGACAGAUUACGCAGAUAGCAAUGAAAGGUGGACUGCUGAAAGCACAGAUAACGUGAUACUCGCGGGACAAACUGUCGUCUACGGGUCUGUUGUGGACCCUGACGGCACUUCACCCGUUUUCGUCUCCAAGCACGACGUCGCGUGGUCCUCCGGGAACGAAAUCAGAUCUGAGGGGGGCGUGAUUUUGGACUGGCGUUACGCCGUGCCGGGCGGCAAGGACGAACAUGCUCGAAGCCAUCCAAGUGGUGCUCAAACUUCAGACUCAAAAACCUCGAAGAACGACAUCGGCGAGUCCUUGAUGCAGGUGUCAGAGAACCUGUCAGUUCCCGGUGCACGCUCAGGGUGGUACCCUGCCAUCGACAUUAUUUAUAAUUCGAAGUGCACUGUAGGUUCUGUUUCAAGAACAAACAUCUUUCCUGCCGCUGGCGGGCGCAAGAAUUCGGUCUCCAGAAGACUCGUCGCCCUUCUUUACGUGUCAAGCGGUGAGUCAUAA